AUGGGACUCCUUAGCAUUAUAAGGAAAAUAAAGAAGAAGGAGAAAGAGAUGCGCAUUCUUAUGGUGUACGCUGUCAUUAUCAAUUUCGUGAGACAUCAUCUCUCAGCACAAACCUUUGGCUAAAACUAACUCUAAACUAUGAUUUUUCUUAUUGUUGUUGUCAGAGGACUCGAUAACUCAGGGAAGACAACUAUUGUGCUCAAAAUAAAUGGUGAGGAUACGAGCAUCAUAAGUCCCACUCUAGGAUUUAACAUCAAGACCAUUCAAUACCAUAAGUAAGCACUAUUUCAGCAUGAUUGAUCUGUAUGAGUUACUGCUUUCAUAGAGUUGUCUGAGGGCUACCUUUUUGUUCCUGUGGUUCAUCAUAUUCUUUCUCAUGGUUUUGAUCUCACGAUCUAUGCAGAUAUUCUUUGAAUAUAUGGGAUAUUGGUGGCCAGAAGACUAUCAGGUCAUACUGGAGAAAUUACUUUGAACAGACUGACGGAUUGAUCUGGGUUGUUGAUAGCUCGGAUGUGCGGAGGUUGGACGAUUGCAGAUCAGAACUGAAUAAUCUCUUGAAAGAAGAGGUCGACUAACCUUUGUUUCUUUUUCUUCACUACAAGCUCUUACUGCUGCCAUAUUUUUUCCGAAUGUAUUUUGUGAAUGUUUCCCGUUGUUUGCUUUUCAACAGAGACUAUCCGGCGCAUCAUUGCUUGUGUUUGCAAAUAAACAGGAUAUACAAGGUGCUCUUACACCCGAUGAGAUUUCUAAGGUAAGUAAUAUCAAUGAUGUGGCUCUUGGCGUAAUCUGGCAAAAACUAAUGUAGGAAAAGGAUUAAACUUGCUGAAUGGUUUAUUUGCUGCUUAUCGUUUUAUCUACAUUAUAUCUUCAUUUCCGACCUUAUGUGUAACGUUUGAUGCAAAGUCAUCUGCUUUCCAUCAAGAAUGAUUCCUAUUGCAGAGAAACAACUAUGUGCGACUUGUUUAUUUUCAUUGCUUCAAUCUGAAACCAGUACAAGGUGGUCUAAAACCCCAUUUUUAGGGUGUCAAAGGUUGAACAAUGGAGGAACUAUGUGUAACCUGAUGAACCUUAAAAUACUUAUAUUACUUUUAGGUUUGGGAUCACCAUUGUAAAAUGCAUUGCAACGUUCAUGUGAAUAGUUGAGGCAAGAAAACUGAGGCACUGCAGAAAUUCAGGUAGAUAGAGAUUGGCCAUGGAUUAUGUAGGAAGCUUGUGUCUAAAUGGGUGAGAUUAGUGAGGAAUCGUGGUCGCUGCUUUUGAUUGCCUUGUUGCCCAUGUGAACUGCAGGUGCUGAAUUUGGGCUCCAUCGAUAAGACCCGGCACUGGAAGAUCACUGGAUGCAGCGCAUAUACAGGAGAGGGGCUGGUUGAGGGCUUUGACUGGCUGGUCCAGGACAUUGCCUCCCGUAUCUAUGUCCUUGACUGA